AUGGACCUUGACGCCUUCCUCAACAAGAACAACAAGAAGAACUCUAAGAAGGUGGCCAAGAAAAAGUCAGCAGAUGACGCGGCACUUGGCGGCUUUGGACUCGAGACGGUGCCGCGGGUGAGCAUCGCCGCGGCGAAGCCCAUUACAGUCGCGAACACUGGUGGCAGCGAAGCCUCAGCGCCUGCUAGCAGCGCAUCGCCUCUUCCAGCCCCUGAGAAGACUGCCGUUGCGCCAGUGGUUGCUGUGAGCCUCAACUUCGCCAGCACUACGCGCAGCGUCAAGACGUGGGAUGCAGCGAAGGUGAUGCACGACUCGAAGCGUCAGGAAGAAGUGCAGAGAGCGUCGGAGCAGAAGGCCAAGGAGGAAGCCGAGGCAACGGGAAAGAAGAACGCGGCUGAGGGCGACGACAGUGAAGAACAGUCGCCCGAGAGCUCACCGAAGGAAGCCAAGGUGGUGAAGUUUGUGGCACGCGGUCACCGCAAUGCAACCGGCACGAUCGGUGGCGGAGAGGGCGGCACCACUGCGGGCGGCCGUGUUGCGCUGCGCACGCAGGGACUGAGCCUGGAGAAUCUACCGACCCUCGAGGAGACCUUUGGCAACGCACGCAAGCAGUCGCAGUCGCCGUCUCAGCAGCAGCAGCAGCAGCAGCCGGUCACUUCGCUGCCUUCUAAGGAACAGAGCGGCGAGUCCGCUCCGGCGGCGGCUCCACAGGAGGCCUUCAGCUCGUCUCCGACUUCCACCACGGCGUCGGCGGGCGGCAACAAGUACGUCCCGCCAACCAAGAGCAGCACCACGAUGGAGUCCUCGCCGACUCUGUCGUCAUCGCCGACAGCCGCGCACAGCAGCACCGGCGCGUACAGACCGCCGGCGUCUGGCAGCGUCUCUGCUGGCGUUUACCGUCCUCCUUCCAGCAGCAGCGGCGCGUACAAGCCACCCAGUUCCGGUGUCUACAGGCCACCGAACGCGUCUGCUGGUGAGGCGUACAAGCCACCGGCGCCGAGUACUCCCAGCAGCGGUACUGUUCCAUACAAGCCCCCCACCGCCAGUGACACGUCUGCCAGCGCGUACCGGCCGCCAACCUCGACCGGUGAGGCAUACAAACCUCCGGUGCCAACCACCGCAGCUCCAUCCGCCGGUACCUACAAGCCGCCAAGCAGCGGCACUGCUGGUACGUACAAGCCGCCAAGCAUUGGUAGCAGCAGCGCUGGUGCAUAUAAGCCACCCAGCGCCGGAGGGUCGGCCAGUACCUACAAGCCGCCGAACAAGCGCGAGGCGUAG